AAAUGCCUGACACAUGAAAUGCCAUCAAUUUUGGGCGGGAAUAGCAGACUAGUAAUGUAGCUACAGCCAACAAAUCAAUGCUCAAAUUAGUCCAGGUUUGCAUGCAUGAGGAAAAAAAAAAUCCUGAGUCAGUCCUCACACUCCCCAAAAUGUAUAUCAGCCACAGAGGCUGCAAACAGGGCACAGAGGCAAUACCUAUUUGGUAUUGAUAGUUAUAGAAGACUACUUCUCAAGAUGAAGUGGGUCAUUGAGGUUACAGCACUUUUUCUUGGUUUUGCAAGCUGGGUACUGGUUUUUGUAGCACUGGAAGACCAGUACUGGAAAGAAUCCACCACGGAUGGCAGCGUUAUCACAACCUCCACAAUCUAUGAAAACCUGUGGAUGUCUUGUGCCAGUGAUUCAACGGGGAUCUAUAAUUGCUGGGACUUUCAAUCACUUUUAGCUCUUCCAGGCUUCAUUCAGGCUGCCCGAGCUCUGAUGAUCUCAGCCAUUGUGUUCGGGACGUUUGGGCUCUUGGCAACACUCGUAGGGAUGCAGUGCUCGAAAAUAGGAGGAGAGAACUACGUCCUGAAGGGGAGAAUCGCUGCAAUCGGAGGAGUGUUCUUCUUACUGCAAGGGCUUUGCACCAUGAUUGCUGUGUCCUGGUAUGCAGCCAAUAUCACGCAACAGUUCUUUGACCAGUUUUAUCCAGGGACGAAGUAUGAGAUUGGAGAGGGCCUGUACAUCGGCUGGUCCUCAGCCACACUCGCCAUUUGCGGAGGUUCGUGUCUGCUGUGCGCUUGUAAAAUGGAAUCAUCCGAGGAAAAAAUACAAUAUCCAUACCAACCAGGCCCCAGAGGACACAUGCUGUCAACUGUGGCGACAUCUCACACUGCGCCAAGCAACUAUGGAAGGAAUGCUUAUGUCUAGAGCUGCAAUUAACACUUAUUUUCAUGAUCACUUAAUCCGUCAUUCAUUUUUCUUGAUUUAGUUUUGUCCACAAACUGAACAUUUUCAGUUUUGAUGGAAACAUAUACAUUU